AUGGCAUCUAAAUUUCCUUAAAAAGUAAAAAAUCUUUUAGAAUUGAAGGACAAAUAUAAAGCAUUCUUUUUCGAUAUGGAUGGCGUUUAUUGGAAUGGCUCUCAUAAAAUAUAAAAUGCUAUUGACACUUACUAGCAGUUAAAAAAAGAAGGAAAGUAAUGCUUCUUCAUUACUAACAAUAGCAGUAGAUCAAGAAAGACUUAUGUUGAAAAAUUGAGAGCUUUAGGAGUCGAAACAGAGGAAGAAAGGGUUUUUGCAGCUUCAAGUAUUGCAGCAUAUUAUAUAAAGAACAAUCUACCAAAUGUAAAGAAGUGCUAUGUUGUAGGUAUGAAGGGAAUUUGUGAAGAAUUAGCUAACUAUGGUAUUGAUUAUAUAUGGAGUAAUGAGCAUCACAACUAAAGCAAAGAAAUGACUGCUGAUGAGUUUGAAAAUCUUAAGCUUGACAGCGAAGUUGGUGCUGUUGUAGUAGGCAUAAAUUAUGAAUUUAAUUAUGCAAUGAUGGCCUAUGCUAGCAGCUACAUUCAAAAUGGUGCUAAGUUUAUCGCCACUAACGAAGAUAAAUAUAUUAUGGCUGGAGGUAAGAAAAUGCCUGGUGGUGGUACUAUAGUUAAUGCAAUUGCUUUUGGGUGUGACACAAGACCAUUAAUAACAGGAAAACCCAAUAGCUUUGUGGUAGACUUAUUAUGUAACCAAUACAAUAUCAAUAAAUCAGAAGCUAUCAUGAUCGGUGAUAAUUUAGAUACUGAUAUUGCUUUAGGCUAAAAUGCUGGAUUAGACACACUUCUAGUCAUGACAGGUGUAACUGAUGAAAAUCUAUUAAAAAAAACAGUAGAAGAAGGCUUGUUUGUUCCUACUUAUUAUGCUGAUAGUGCUUGA